GCUGUGGCUGAGUCCUCGGCGGUCCGCGGCGGCGGCGGCGGUGGCGAAGGCGACAUGGAGAGCGGGGCCUACGGCGCGGCCAAGGCGGGCGGCUCCUUCGACCUGCGGCGCUUCCUAACGCAGCCGCAGGUGGUGACGCGAGUCGUGUGCCUGGUCUUUGCCUUGAUCGUGUUCUCGUGCAUUUUCGGCGAGGGCUACAGCAAUACUCACCAUUCCAGACAGAAAUACUGCAUUUUCAACCACAACGAGGAUGCGUGUGGCUAUGGCAUCGCCAUCGGGGUGCUGGCCUUCCUGGCCUCAGCCUUUUUCCUCGUGGUUGACGUCUAUUUCCCCCAGAUCAGCAACGUCACUGACCGCAAAUACCUGGUUAUCAGCGACCUGCUCUUCUCAGCUCUCUGGACCUUCCUGUGGUUCGUUGGUUUCUGCUUCCUUACCAACCAGUGGGCAGCUACCAAGGAGGAAGAUGUGUUCGUGGGGGCCGACUCGGCCCGGGCAGCCAUCACCUUCAGCUUCUUCUCCAUCUUCUCCUGGGGUGUGCUGGCCUCCUUGGCCUACCAGCGCUACAAGGCCGGAGUGGACGACUUCAUCCAGAACUAUGUAGACCCCACUCCAGACCCCAGCACAGCCUACGCUUCCUACCCUGGUGCAUCUGUGGACAACUACCAACAACCGCCCUUCACCCAGAACGCUGAGACCACUGAGGGCUACCAGCCGCCCCCCGUGUACUGAGCCUCAGAGGGGGACGGUAAGGGAGGUGGAGAGGGUGCUCGGGGGCCUCCCCCUAUCCUGGACUCCUCCCAUGAGCCUCGCCUCCUGGAGCUGUGGCCCCUCCUCCUGUCCGUGCCCUUCAGAGCCUCGGCACAGCCUGGAGGGCCACUGCUCUCCCCACCCCAGCUGCGGCUGCGGGGCCCCAGCCCAAAGUGCCUCUGCCCCAAGGGCUUCACCCACCACUCCUCAAGGGCAUUUUUUAGAAAAGGGUUUUUGGCCAGAUGCGUUUUGUUAUUGCUUUUAAUGAUCCCAUCCCCACCUGAAAUAGCUAGACCUGCCCGACAUGCUGUUUUGACAAGUGCCUUAGCUUCUCCCCAGCCCAAAGGAGCCAGGCUCAGGUCCAGGCUGUGGUGGCCGCGGUUACUUGGGGUUCUGUGCCAAAGAUGAGGCUGCGAGCCUUCCACCUGCUUUGCUGCUGGUGCUGGCCGGGGGCCCCCUUUCCUGCUCACUCAGGUUUGUUUCCCACCUCCUGGCGCUGUCGUGCCCACAGCCCCCUGCCUGCUCUGGGAGCUGGCAGCCCAGUGCUCACUGCUGUCCUGUCUGCUCGCUCUUGGGUCUGGGGUUCCUACCCUGUGCUUGUGACUCUGGGCUGGUCCCCUGACAGCGGUGGCGGCGGCAGAAGGGGGUGCCUGGAAGGAUGCUUGCCACAGGGGCAUGGGGUAGCACUCCCUUCUCCUUGUUCCCACCCCUUGGCAACAGGGAGGGGCUUUGCCUGACCGGAAACUACCAGCUUUAUGUAAAUAUUCUGCCACUGUUAGGUGUGGGGUGCUCCCAUAGCCCCCGGGCUGUUCUGAAUGUAUUAAGAAGCCUUGGGGAUAAGAUGCACAGAUCCCUGGUUCUAGUAGACGGAUUCCAAGACAGAAUAAAUGUUUUCCUCGUU